UCGCAUUCUUCACUUCAUAACACAGCACACAGAACUCGAUUCGGACUCGUCCAUUCAUCUCGCUGAUUACAUCGCCCGUAGCCCUAUCCAGCCUCCAACAUACAGAUAGAUAACCCAACCAAUGGCAGCCGCGAACGUUUCUCGCAAAGUCGUCCAGAAGGUUCUCGCGAUUGAAACCGCCGAGGGAGCAGGCGCCCGUGUUCGCCGUUCCAUCGGCAGUGCCGGUCUCAGAAACCUGACCCCUUUCCUCAUGCUAGACCACUUCCAUGUCUCCAAGGGUGCUGGGUUCCCUGAUCACCCACACCGUGGGCAGGCUACCGUGACAUACAUGUUGGAAGGAUCCAGUCGACAUGAGGAUUCUGCUGGUCACGCGGGAACCAUCGAGACCGGAGGAGUUCAGUGGAUGUGCGCUGGCAAAGGCAUCAUCCACGCGGAGAUGCCUGUCCACGCACCUGGUGUGCCAGAACCCCGCGGGCUCCAGCUCUGGGUCGACCUCCCAAAACAAUACAAGCUAGUGGAACCGUCAUACCAGGAACUCGCUCCUGAGGGUGUUCCAACUGCGUACCCAGAUGGACCCGACGGACCGGUCAGCGUCCGUGUCAUCAGCGGCAAGAGUCACGGCGUCGAAUCACCAGUCCGGCCCCUUGGUGGCUGCUGGUUUUUCCACGUCCGCAUGGCGAAGGCCGGCUCGACGUUUUCCCAAGAGAUUCCUGCCGGGUGGACGUCGUUCAUUUACAUAUGGAAGGGCGCCGUGAACGUCGGUGAGGGAGGCUCGCGGUGUGAGGCCUUUAACACGCUUGUGCUUUCGGCCGACCAGGCACAGAGUGGAGUGGACGUCCAGGCCGCCGAGGACGGCGUCGAGUUCGUUUUGGUCGCUGGAGAGCCGCUGGACCAAUCUGUCGUGCAGUAUGGCCCAUUUGUGAUGACGACUCAUGAGGAGAUAGAGAAGACGAUUUCGGACUAUCGAAGAGGGCAAAACGGCUUCGAGAAGGCGCACUCGUGGAAGAGCAAGAUCGGCAAUUGAGCGCUCAAGGUUGUGGUGUAAAUCAUCGAUCGGCGACCACGCUGUUCUCUCGCCGAAUUUGCCAAGAGGAUCACAGGAAGUCAGACUGGAUUUCAGGGUAGAAGUAUUUUUGUCAUAGUGAUCUUAUCUGUAUUACUGUAAUCGUCAAGGACAUGAUUCCGUGAAUGUACUUUUGGUUCCCUUCGAGCCGAAGGAUAGACAACAAUCUCCCAUAGCCGAAAAUACUACCGCCUCUUUGGCACCUUUGAGCCUUUCUUUCCUUUCAUGUCUUCGUCGUUCUCGUCUUCUACAACCUGCAUGCCUUCCAGAACUGCAUCAACGUCCCCGCCGUCUUCUACAUCCUCCUCUUCCUCAUCAUCACCGACUUCGCCAUCGCCCUCCUUGACACGCUUAGCAGGCGUGGAUGGGGGGAUGUAAGAGCUGUCCCAUGCUACAGCGGUCGGUACAGUCGUCAUGAAUGCACGCUCGAGCACGGUACCACGAACAGGCUGUGCUUGACCCGCUGUCGCUGGCGGAGCGGCGGUGCUGUGUAUACGCACAUAUCGAUCGAGAGCGGCAGAAGCAAGGUGUCCCGAUGCUGCCGGGGCGAGACUGCACAC